UAAAGCAAGCAGCACCAGGACCAGAUGCUGGUGACCCAGCAAUGCAGCCUCAACUCGCCAGUUGGAGCAAUGAGUUGACGAUGUAGUCGCAAUGCUCGGCGACAUCAGCACCUUCGCCGCACCAGCCACCAUCAGCGAGCAGCUCGACACCUUGAAGACCGAGGUUCGGCAAGUACACCAGCCGCCCGACAACAAUGGCAGCACCAGUGCAUCGAGGCUGUACAAGAUGCCGACGUUCUGGAUCGAGAAGUUUGAUGACUAUACGCAUCAGGACCCAGUCGUCUGGUGGCAAGGCUUUACAAAGGAGAUUGGGAUUCAUGAGGUCCCGAAUCACUUGUACAUCUCGGCGUUGUUCCUCAACGCCAAGUGUGGAUGCCAGAUCUGGCUGAGCCACAUGGCAACCAUCCAUGGCGUCCAGGUCUCCGACCUGCACAAGAAGAUCUCUUGGGACGAUAUGACGAAGGAAUGGAAGAAGCGGUUCAUUGUGGACGACGCCCCAACGCUCGCCAUCAACCGCCUCUUCGCCAUGACUCAAGGCAACACACCGACACGUGAUUGGCUCACAGAAUGGCAAAAGAUCGUGGCAACACCCGAUCUCGAGUUACCAUUAUCGCAUUUGUGUCGGGAGUUCUACAACCGGUCGUGUGCCGCCUUGAGCCUCGCACUCGAUGAUCGAGAACAGUACACGACCUUCGCCAAAAUCAUCAACAAGGCGCGUGAGAUCAUCAAGACCAACCGGGCUGCUGCACACGAGAAGUCAGCGUGGAAGCCAGCCCAUGCGGAGAAAGGAAAAUUUGGUCCGCGUCCGCAGCCCGUUGCUUCUGUCCAACCGGACAACAUUGUGGAAGACUUGACAAUGACCCCAGCACCACGUGAGGGAGAUCAGGUGGCCGCUGUCCAGCCGCGAAGCAACAACUCCCGUGGAAAAGGGAAGGCUAAAACUGCAUCGCCGGCCGGAAAUGGACAACCAGUACCAUGGGUCAAGUUCAACUUGACUGAGGCCGAAUACAAGUACCGCAGCCAAUACGGCUGCUGCUAUUGGUGCAACAACACCAGGCACAAGACCUCCCUAUGCCAAAAUCAAGGCAAGGAGGAUGUUCGACCUCGAAUCAACUCGGGAAACUGAGCUGCGCAAGAGGAGAGGCGACUCCACCUCUCACUCCGCCAGAUUCGGCCGCCUUGCUGGCGGCCUCCUACACAUCUGGGGAGAAUGCGGAUGUUGCGAGUCCUCGGUUCACUUACGAG